UUUGAAAUAAGUUCUCAAUACAUGUUUAUCCAUGCCUGUUAUGAUUAACCCCCCUCUAAGAACAAGUCAACUUUUCUGAAAGAACAACGAAAUACAUUUCCUCUAGGUCUACGGCGUUAUAAAAGAAUAACCAAAACAAAUGACGAAACCUUUUCUGGGCAGACACCAGUCCCGCCCCUCUCUCUCUCGCCUCUCUAUCAUUUGGAGGAUCCCGAUCCCAGACUUUCGUCGUGAGAGGAUAACGAGGCGUAGGCCUAUCGGAAAUGACAGAAGAAGAAAUGUAUGCCACGUACAAGGGUGUGUAUUUGCCCAAAGUGGUUCACUCCUCAGAGAGCCUGAAAUACUACGAGGAGUUCUCUUUUCGUCCAGAUGACAUUCUUAUUGUAACUUAUCCGAAGUCAGGGACAACAUGGAUGCAGGAGAUAGUGCCUCUGAUCAUGAGCCAGGGAGACCCGGAACUGGUGGACACUGUGCCCAACUGGGACCGGGUACCCUGGUUGGAGGAAACAAGAGCAUGCAACCUUAACCUGGACCAGAGACCGUCCCCACGCGUCUUCAUUACUCACUUCCAGUACAACAUGAUGUCAACGGGCUUCUUCAAGGUCAAACCGAGGGUAAUUUACGUGAUGAGGAACCCGAGGGAUGUAUUCACUUCGUAUUUUCACUUUAGUGGGAUGGCCUCCUACCUUGUUACUCCAGGGACACAGACUGAAUUUCUCCACAAAUUCCUUGAUGGAAAAGCAAUUUUCGGCUCGUGGUUCGAUCACGUGAAGGGCUGGAUGUCUGCUGCAGAACAGCAGCACAUCAUGUACAUCUCCUAUGAAGAGAUGAUCCUGGACCUGGAGGCCUCUGUGACCCGGAUUGCUCAGUUCUUGGACACACCUCUGGAUUCUGAGAUGAAAAGGAAGAUUGCAGAGCGAUGUGUGUUUAAGAAUAUGAAAAAGAACAAAAUGUCAAACUACUCCCUGGUCCCGAGUGAAUUUAUGGACCCGAAUGUGUCAGAGUUCCUCCGGAAAGGUAAAGGGUAUUGCCGGAGACUGGAAGAAUCAUCUAACUGUAGCAGAGGCGGAUUACUUUGAUGAAUUUUACCGAAAGAAAAUGCAGGAUGUAAAAUACACAUUUGUUUGGGAUUAGAAAUAUAUUUAUUGUGUUAUCUAAAAUGGCCAAGGACAAAAGUAGCCAACCCAUUGAACAGUGCUAUCAUUAAUGAUCACAAUCAGAGUCUGAAAUUUGUUUUUGUAUAUUCAUUUGGUCUUGUCAUCUUAGUUAGGCUUCUUCGGAACAGGUGUAACAUAAUAGCUAUGUGUCUAUACUAAAAAAGACAUUUGAAAUGACAAGUUAAAAGUA